CAACGCCUGUUAUUGUAUUGCUUUCACAACGUUGAGAUUCUGGCAAGAUGUCAUCGAUAGCCAGCUUGAUGCUCACCACUUUGGUUUUUCUCACCAUCAAGCAUCAAGUUGUCCAAGCGUCAGCUUGUGACGGUGGAGUGCAAAGAGUGUAUGCAGAAUACAGUAGAAAUGACUCCAUUUUCAGUCCUGGAUACCCUAGGAGUUAUUAUGAUUCACAGUCUUGUCAGUGGCGGAUCAUUGCUUCCUCCGGCCAUAGGAUCCUCAUCUACUUUACAGUAUUCGAUUUGGAAAGUUGUGAAUCGUGUAACUGUGACAAAGUGGAAAUUUAUGAUGGACAAAACCAAUACUACAAUAUUUUGUCAAAAAGUUGUGGAAACAGUCUUCCUGACCCAGUGUAUUCUACUGGUACUGAUAUCUUCAUGAAAUUCACUUCUGACUCUAUGGUAUCACGGAGAGGCUUUGUGGCACACUACAGAGUGCUGAAUGAUUCAUCAGGUUGUCCCUCAAUCAUUCCUGGCGCCUCAGCAGGCGUAAUUUAUAGUCCCAAUUUUCCUUGGAGUUAUCCGCUCUCCAGAUCAUGUGAGUGGCGCAUUAGAGCACCUUGGGGGCAAAGGGUUCAUUUGAAGUUCAUAAAAUUCAACUUGGAGACUUCUAGUUUUUCGUGCGAAUUCGACUACGUGGAGGUGCUGGAUAAGUACAACACUCAGCUUGGAAAGUACUGCGGGUCUGAUAUUCCAUCCUCCAUCUCCUCAUCCUCCUCUUUAACUGUUAAGUUCAACUCUGAUUACUCCAACACCUUCUCGGGAUUCCUGUUACUGUACCAAACGGGAUACAGCUUCCCAACAGGAGCGCCAGUCUGGACUACUUACAGACCUUACACCUCAACAACGGUACAAUAUCACAGUUGUAGUAGUUACAGCUCUGAAACAAGUGUUUACGUUGAAAGCACAAGCUCGACAUCCAUCCGUUCUGAUUAUGACGACUACUUGAACACCAGGGCUCCCUAUUCAAGCUGCACAUUCAAAAUUUCUACAAAGAAGGGUUACAACCUGAAGUUUAGUCUUGAGACAAUGUAUAUGUCAGGCUGUUAUAGCUGUUCAUGUGGAUAUCUGAAAGUUAGAGAUGGAAGUUCAUCAAGUGAUCCGCUUCUCGGCGAAUACUGUGGCAGUGUAAGCUCUGGCACAGUAACAUCGACAGGAAACCAUUUAUUCGUUGUUUUUAACAGUGAUUACAGCAGUGCCCGCUUUCGCGCAACAGUCAGUUCCAUCAAAGGUUCUAAUGUGAAAGUUGCGGCCAUCGUCGUGCCAAUUGUUAUCGCAGUUGUCCUGUUUUCCCUCAUCUUUGUUGUCAUAAAGUGCACUAAGAUAAAUCGUUCUGCUGGACCGGCUGGAUCAUCUCGUGUGAACGACGUUCCCCUGCAGCCCCUCUCAGAUACCAUGGUGGUACAGACGAUUGCGCCAUCUCUGUCUCCUGGUACACUGCAAGUUGAUGUUCCGCCACCUCAUUCCAUACCCCUGACAGCCCCUGUUCAACUGCCUCCCUCCACUGAUCAUUCACAGGGUUUUACUAACUUCACAGCAGAAGGAGAAUAUGUUCAAGGAUGAACAUUUCUCGGCCUAUUUCCAGGGUUCGUUGGUUUGAUGCGUGUGUAAUUUCUAUGCGGAUAAACUGGAUAUUUACUGAAUUAGUUAUUAAUGCAUUUUAUUAUCCAAUCACACAAAGUAGAAUACAAAUAACGCGCGAAUAGGGUACAAAUAUCCUGCGACAUAGUACAGUUGGUUAUUUCCUACCGUUAAAAAAAAAACCUUCUUUAACCGGUCGGCUGCUCGCGUUACGCUUCUCUUUCCGCUUUGCUUUUCCCGUCCUAUGAGAAAUGAGCAGAAACACUUGACAGAGAAAAAAAAAAGUUGGAUAAUAAAUGACUUAUUAGACGUUUUGGAAUUUAGUAUUGCGUACUACUUUUGUAUUUUGACUCGCCCA